CGUUAGUUCUGAUUGACUGUUUACUUCAAAAGUCGAAGGAAGUCCGUCUGAUGGAGUGAGUACCAGUUUAGGUUUAUAAUCAACACAAAAGCAUGCAUGGAUGAAGAGAAGUAACCCAAGUCUGUUUAACACAGGACUGAAUCGCUACAUUGAACACCAUGGAUUCUGAGAAGGGCUCAGAUACAACAUUGGAGUCGGCUGAAACAAUGACUGGGUUAGAGGUCAAACUGAUUUCACUGGUAAUACUGCUACUUGUGACUAUGCUAUUUGGGUUUGGACCAUUCUUCAUGAUUAGGUUUUCAGGAGUGCUUGGAAUUGCACCAGGUACUUGCCGAAGAAAUAUGAGCCUGGUGAGCUGCUUUGCAGGUGGGGUGUUCCUUGCUACAUGUCUUUUGGACUUGUUGCCCGAUUACCUGGCUGGAAUCACAGAAACAUUUAACAAUCUUCAAGUCACUCUUGUGUUCCCUCUGCCUGAGUUCAUCAUGACGAUGGGUUUCUUCUUAGUGCUUAUUAUGGAACAAGUAGUGCUGGCCUACAAAGACCAGUCCCUUGGUUCCAUAGAUGAGAGGCGUAAUCUGCUUGUAGCAUCAAACAUUCAGUCUGGUAACCCACAUGAAGCUGAAAGGGACAGGGAUGAAGGUGUGCAUCUUCAUGUAGAUUUCAAUUCCCAUUCAGCAAUACGCACUUUUAUCCUGGUGUUUUCAUUAUCUCUACACUCCAUCUUUGAAGGACUUGCAGUUGGACUUCAGAAGCAGACUGACAAAGUUCUUGAAAUCUGUUUGGCGCUGCUUAUUCACAAAUGUAUCAUAGCUUUUAGUUUGACCUUCAAGUUGGUGCAAAACCACCUGCGACGUGGUGUUGUGGUAAUGUGCAUUCUGCUGUUUUCUGUUAUGUCACCUCUGGGGAUUGGUUUGGGUAUCUUGCUGACAGAGAAUACCAGUAGCGUGCAUCAGCUUUCCCACUGUGUCCUGGAAGGCAUUGCUACUGGAACGUUCAUAUAUAUCACCUUCAUGGAAAUACUGCCCCAUGAACUUGCAUCUUCUGAACUGCGCAUCCCAAAGUUGGCCAUGUUACUUCUAGGCUUUACUGUAGUCACAGGAGUUCUUUUCAUAAGGUUUUAAAAAGAGAUGCCUCUUACAGUGCACAACGAUAAGGGAAUCCCUAAUCUCAUGUCAUCUGUACUAAAGUGUAUUCUUAUAAAUUCAGCAGUCAGAAGUGUUAAAACAAAAAAAAAUGAACUAGCAAAACUGCCAAUCCUAGCUGUUAAAUAAUAAUUAGGUGGUACAGUAUGCUCCUGCUCUAAUUGUAGGGAGUUAGAAUUUGCUACUGGUACAUAUCAUAUUGUAUUUAUCUGAUUUUUUUUUUUUUUAUUUAUGUUUAAAUAGCUAUUUUAUGGUCAUUUGCAGCUCUGUGUCUUCCCCGCUUUACUCUUAGCUAUGAGGGGUGAUUAAAAAGAUUUUUAUCCUGACCUAUUAAGAGAAACACUAGUAAAACCAAACAAGUUUUAUUUUUCUACAUAAUCCCCCAACAACAGUAGUGUACUUCUUACAUUCACUAAGCUUUUCUGAGCCACUCAAAUACAAAUAAUGUUCUGUCUUCCUUGUGCUACUACUUUUCUGUAGCUGACUUCCUCAUAACACAGUGAAGGUGGCUUGUCAGAUUGGUGAAACGUGGGUAGUCACACAGGGCCGGGUCUGGAAAAUUUGGUGAGCCUGGCAUCUCUUUGACUCCACAGGUGAACUUAGCACCCUUUGCAACUUGUUUAUUGGUUGGGGGGGGUAGGCUGCUUGAUCAACAGCUUUUGUUACAGUUUAUGCCCAACUGAAUGUUGGAAAUAUCUGAACAAAUCUGCAUAAUACUGAUCAGUUAUGUAGGUCUUCUGAGAGAUUUAAUCAAGGUGGACAAUAUACUUAAUAUCAUGAAAAAUUGUACUCCAUUAUUGAAUUCGUAUGUGUGGCGUAUGAAGUGGAGUGAUCCUGGAACACAUUGCUUUGUUGGGAAUGAAUCUCCAAGGGCUUAUUUUUCUCUAGCAUUAUAAAUUCAUUGGUUGCACAUUAAUUGAUAUUCUGCAUUUUCAUCAUGUAUUUCAUAACUUGUAAUUUACAGUGUUUAGUACACACACAAGCUAUUCCUGUGGCCAUAUACAUAAUCAGCACUGUAGAUUAUCCCUUUCAGGCUCAGGCUGAAACUUUUUGAUCACUCCUCAUAUUUCCUGAUAACUAUACCUUUUUUUGUUUGUUUUCAGCUGCAAAGUAUGGUAACAGUUCUUUACAUUUAGACAAAAAUGUGUAAACACUGAUUUGAAUUAGACACCAAUGCAUUAAAAUGUGUAACUUAAAUGAGUGUCUGUCUAAAUUUCAUAAAGAAAUGAAACCAAGAUUUCAUUCAGAGAGUUGUAGCAGACCUCUAAUUAAAUACUAUGUGCCGUGAAUAGUCAGUAAUCGGCCCCAGUUAAGACAUUAUUUGAAAGGUAAACCGUUGGCCAGUUUGGGCUGAAGAUUGCACAGGUUACACCAGAUGUACAGUAAAGCAGAGGAAAUCUCCUUAACAUGUCUAAAGGCCAACUAACUAGGAAACUGAAACCUUUUACAAGACGCUUGUGAGAUAUGUUUAUCACACGUGGUAGAGAAAAUCUAAAUCAGAGUUGCUGUUUUUAAAUGUAACAUAGAGGGUUUAUAGAGGAGCAUAAACCUUUAUGCCUUUUUGACAAAGUCAGGUCUGCAGACUUUAUUAAUUCUGCACAAUUUGCUAAUUGGCACUUGUAGUGCUCGCAAGCAUUUCCUCUUGGACCUAGAUUUGUAAUUCAGAGAUUGUAUAUUUUGUGAGAGCAAGUUAUUUUAAUGGAUUUGUAAUACAAUUAACAGAUUUAUACCUUAAAGCUUAUCUGUUUUUGAAGACUGUGUCAAUUAAAGGCUUAUGUUUAAAGGGUACAAUGGAAUGUCUCACUAGCAAGGAGAGACAUUUUUAGUAUUAAAGAGGUUGUAUGUAUUCUAAGCAAAUAGUAGUGCGUCAUUUUAAUACAGUUAGUAUAACAUAUUUACAAUGUGUAGUGAGUAAUAUUUAUAACUGAACACUGACAGUGGUCAUUGUUAAUAGAACACCAUUGGACUAGACAUUAAUAAAGUUUGUCUUAAGUUUUAUACUGACAACAUUGCAAUUCAGUAUUUGUCACAAAUGUUUUGUGCAAGUUUUUACUAGCACCCAGUUAGUAAUCAGUGGUAUUGUUACAAUUGUAGUCCUUUGAAUUUGCUCUUGCUCUGAUGUGGAUGUUAAUGGCAGUGGACCACAGUCUGAUGUUCUAAUAAUGGCUUAUUAGAUUUUUACAUUAUAUGUAACAUAAGGUUAUUAAUAAUGUAGCACAAUUAUCCAAGAGUAUUUUUAUAGGUCAGUGUUUUAAUCAUUCUAUUUGUAUUCAGUAUAUUUAAGUGUAAUAUGUACCUUUUUAAAUUAAAUUCAUUUAAAAGGACUUUUUAAGCAGAUAUAUUGAAAGUAAAAUCUCAAAGUGAAAACUUAGAUUGACUGGGUUAUGUUUUUAAAUUUUAUAUAUGAGGUAGCAUCUGUUGAUGUUCUUGCUUUUUAAUUAAAAAAGAAAUCCCCAACACAGAGGAGUAUUAAGUUGUGGUUUCGUUGAUGCACUGGAUUCAUUAUCACACAGAGAACUGGCACUGUUACUAAUUUGACUGAUAUUUUAGGUAGUCAUAUUACUCUGACAGCACUCGCCUGAGCAAAGUGCCAUUCGAGUGGUUGAAUCUGAAUUUUUCUGUUUCUCUCUGAUAUCAAGUCUGUAUGGUAUUUUGCUAACUAGUAUUUAGCAUUGAAAUACAAUAUUUAUGUAUCAUCAACUGUUAAAAAUAAUGUUUUAUUAUGGUGCAAUAAAAAAAAAAAUUACAAUUGUU